AUGUCUGUUGAUAUUCAACUUCAGAUUCGAAACCAAGCAAAUGAAACACGCCAAAACUUACAGUCCAUUAUUUCAUGGGAAGAGAAGAUAGAGAAAAUAGACCAAGAUUUAAUUGAAAAAGCUAAAAAAGUACUAAAAGAAAACGCAGAAAAGCCAAAAGAACAGAAGACUGAUGCUGCUCCUACCAGAGUUGAGAUCAAGAAAGAAGCAGAAGUCAAAGCAGACGCAAAACAAGAAAUUCCAGUAAAGGAAGCAACGAGUACAGCUCCAUCAAAAGGCGCAUACGGACGUUCAUACGAAGAGUGGCAAAAACUCGAUGCCAAACUUAAGAAAAUGGAUGAAGAAGGAGAUGAUGAUAUCGAAGAAAAUACAAAGGAAACAGCAGAAGAGCACAAAGAGAAAGGUAACAAGUUAUUCAAAGAUAAGAAAUACGAAGCCGCUAUUCGUGAAUAUACAGCAGCUAUCAAACUCGCACCAACAAACGCUGUUUACUAUUUCAAUCGCUCAACAACACAAUUCUUCAACGGAAACUACAGAGAAUCUGAAAGAGAUGCCACAGAAGCUAUCAAAUACGAUCCUCGUUACGUCAAAGCUUACAUGAGACGUGCAUGUGCAAGAGAAGCUCUUGGAAAGGACUACGAAGCACUUCAGGACCUCGAAUUCAUCGAAGACCAAGCAAAGAACUUCCAUCAAAUUGCCGAUAUGCUUACAAAAAUCCGUGCCAAACUCGGAAUUUCCGCAGAUGGCAAGAUUAAAGUCGUCCAGGAGCCAAAGAUCAAGCCAGUACAGGAAGAGAAGCCUGUAGAAUCACCAAAGAUCCAGCCAGUAUCAGAAGAACCAGUACAGAAACCAAAAGUUCAAAUUGUCGAGGAAGAAAAGGUCGAAGAGGAGCCAAAACUCAUCCCAAUGCCUGUUCCAAAGCCUCACAAGGUGACAAUUGUCGAAGAAGAAUCUGUUUCUAUGAACGAAAUUCAGCCAUCUGCUCCAUCCAAAGUUGAAAUCGUUUCUGAAGAGACACCAAAGCCAAAGAAGGUCGAAAUAGUAUCAGAAGAACCUGUACAACCAAAGAAAGUUCCAAUUGUCGCAGAAGAAGAGCGAAAACCAAAGAAAGUCGAAAUCGUGGCCGAAGAAGAAGAGCCAAAGCCAAAGAAAGUUGCAAUUGUUGCAGAGGAAGAAGAGCCAAAGCCAAAGAAAGUUGCAAUUGUUGCAGAGGAAGAAGAGCCAAAGCCAAAGAAAAUCGAAAUUGUCCAAGAAGAGGAAAAGCCAAAGAAAGCAACACCAGAGUUACAAGAGCUCGAUAGCGCUACUAAAGAAGCUCUCGAUAUCCUUAACGAAGUCCAAAAUAUCAAGAAAGAAACAAAAUCUCCAAAGAAACAAGCUUCUCCAGCAAAGAAAGCCAAGAAAGCUCAAGAGCCUAUUAAUGUAUCAUGGUCAGACCUCAGACCAGAGCAAUACAAGGAAACUCUUACCCAAAUUCCUCCAAGUCAGUUAUCUAAAAGUAUUGGCGACGUUUUGGAUGCAGAAAUCAUCCGAAAUGUUGUUAAUGCCCUUGAUAGCUUCACAACUAAGAAGAAAUUCGCGUUUGUUAAGAAUUUAGCCAAAUCUGAGUUAUUUGAUAUUUAUGUUGAUAGUUCAGAGGUCGAGGAAGUUAAAGGUAAGGUCAAGGAUAUCAUUGAAAACUAUAAGAAGUUAGAAGGAAGCGCAGAUACAACAGAAACCUUCAAUAGAUGGAAUUUAUAA